CAUUGCUCGUGAGACCAAAAAAAUCGAAAAAGAAAAACUCAGGUUCCCCAUAGCGCAAAAAUUCGAAAAAGAAAAACUCAGGUUCCCCAUAGCGCAACUCAAGUAAUGGCAUUCCGUAGAUUCUUUUCCUCUUCCUCCCAAUUCCGCCACGCCUCUUCUAGAAAUCUCAAUCUCAAUGCCGGAGACUCCACCCUCUCUCACCUUGCCGAACACCGCAAAUUUGAAGAGCUCAUUGAAGUUUUGUGUCAACAGAAGCGCCUCAAGGAAGCCGUUGAUUUCCUCCAUCGCAUUCACCAACCCUCUCCUCGUAUCUACUCCACUCUCAUUGCUGCUUGUAUUCGCCAUCGAUCACUUGAGUUAGGUAAGAGGGUCCAUGCCCACACCAAAGCUUCUAACUUCAUUCCUGGCAUUGUCAUCUCCAAUCGUUUGCUUCAUAUGUAUUCCAAAUGUGGGAGUCUGAUUGAUGCCCAGAUGAUGUUUGAUGAAAUGCCACAAAAGGAUUUGUGUUCCUGGAAUACCAUGAUAUCUGGUUAUGCUAAUAUUGGUCGUCUUGAACAAGCUAGGAAACUGUUUGAUGAAAUGCCUCAAAGAGAUAACUUCUCUUGGAAUGCUGUUAUUUCUGGUUAUGUUAGCUGUGAUCGACAUAGGGAAGCUCUGGAUUUGUUUAGAAUAAUGCACGUGAAUGAGAGUUCUAACUCUAAUAUGUUUACCUUGUCUAGUGCUUUGGCGGCAGCGGCUGCUAUACCGAGUUUGCGUUUUGGGAAGGAAAUUCAUGGUUACUUGAUAAGGACUGAGUUGAACUUGGAUGAGGUGGUUUGGACUGCUCUUUUGGACUUGUAUGGUAAGUGUGGGAGCGUAGAUGAAGCUAGGGGUAUUUUUGGUCAGAUGGCUGAUAGAGAUGUUGUUUCAUGGACUACCAUGAUUCAUAGAUGCUUUGAAGAUGGAAGAAAGAAAGAGGGUUUUUCCUUGUUCAGAGAUUUGAUGGGUUCAGCUGUUAGACCAAAUGAGUAUACGUUUGCUGGUGUUUUAAAUGCAUGUGCCGAUCUUGCUGCCGAACACGUGGGAAAGGAGGUUCAUGGAUACAUGACACGGGUAGGGUACGACCUGUGUUCGUUUGCUGCGAGUGCUCUUGUCCAUGUGUACUCGAAGUGUGGGAACACUGAAAUUGCAAGAAGGGUGUUUAACCUGAUGCCUCACCCAGAUUUGGUGUCAUGGACUUCUCUAAUUGUUGGGUAUGCUCAGAAUGGUCAACCCGACAUGGCUCUUCAUUAUUUUGAAAUGCUACUUCAAUCAGGUACAAAGCCUGAUGAAAUUACCUUUGUUGGGGUUCUUUCUGCAUGCACUCAUGCUGGAUUAAUAGAUAAAGGGUUGGAGUAUUUCCAUUCAGUGAAAGAGAAACAUGGAUUGGAGCAUACAGCAGAUCAUUAUGCAUGUGUUAUUGAUUUAUUGGCACGAUCUGGACGAUUCAAUGAGGCAGAGAAUAUUAUUGAUAGCAUGCCCAUGAAGCCUGAUAAAUUCCUUUGGGCAUCCUUACUUGGGGGAUGUAGAAUACAUGGGAACCUUGAACUAGCUGAAAGAGCAUCAAAAGCAUUAUUUGAGAUAGAACCAGAGAAUCCAGCUACCUAUAUCACCCUAGCUAAUAUUUAUGCUAAUGCUGGUAUGUGGACUGAGGUAGCCAAGGUUAGAAAGGAUAUGGACAAUAAGGGAAUAAUAAAGAAGCCAGGUAAGAGCUGGAUUGAAAUUAAAAGACAGGUGCAUGUGUUCUUAGUAGGUGAUACAUCUCACCCCAAAAUAAGCGAUAUACAUGAUUUCUUAGGAGAGCUCUCAAAGAAAAUGAAGGAAGAAGGCUAUGUUCCAGACACAAAUUUUGUGCUACAUGAUGUGGAGGAGGAGCAAAAAGAGCAAAACAUUUCUUACCACAGUGAGAGGCUUGCUGUUGCCUUUGGAAUAAUGUCAACUCCACCAGGAACUGCAAUCAAGGUUUUUAAAAAUUUAAGAACUUGUGUAGACUGUCACACUGCAAUGAAAUUCAUAUCAAAGAUUGUUCAAAGAAAAAUAAUAGUGAGAGAUUCAAAUAGGUUUCAUUGCUUUGAGAACGGAAUAUGCUCGUGCAAAGACUAUUGGUAGUAGUACACUGCAAUAGCUGAUUUAUUUAGCAUCGAAUGCACUGCUACUUUCGGGGUGUCACUAUGGAAGGAAAGACACCCUUAGACAGUUGCAUUGAUCAACUUCAUUUGCCUUCUCUCUCUUUCAUUUGAAAGGUGUUGCUUUCAAGUGGAAGUGAUUGUUGGAAAGAUAUACGCUCACCUAAGGCAGCUGGAAUGGUUAUGUAGGAAGAUGUCAGUAGAGGUAAUGGGUGGUUAAUGAUUAUUCACUUUCUGAAGUGCGUAAAAAGGAAGAAGGGUGUGAGUCACGAUGCAUGCAUUACAAUAGUAGUAGAUUGGGAAUGCUAUCAGGAAAUGAGGGUACAUUUAAUGAGUCAAAGUCUUACCGAGGUGUAUUGUGUUCAGAACACAACUAAAAGAUAAAGGGCAUGUUUGAUGAUAAUAGCUUAUAGGGUGAGAGUCUCACUAAAUCCCUCACCCAUGUACCAUAAAGUUUGAAGGAGGUCUUGUGUGACUCUAGCUAGCAAGUGAAAUAUUCAUUGUUGGCAUGAUGCUUGGAAGUUAUAUGGAACUGAACUGAUCCAACCGUGAAGUACUAAUGCAGUUCAAUUAGUCUUAUUUUUAUUGCAUUUAAAAAUGAAGAGUAUCACUUUGUGUAUAUUGGAGUUCCACAAUGGUGGUUAUUUUAUAUUAAUAAAAUUCUCUUGCUUUA